AGAUAAUACAUGAAGACUACAUAAUCACUAAUACUAUUGACUGUUGUAAUGUUACUAAUUCAAAACCUUUUAUCUGCCUUAUUUUUUUUCUUAAACAUUUGUUAUAGACUUUACUAUUACAUCAACGUAUUAUUUUAUACAUGACAAAUUCUCUAUUUGCUCCUAUAAAAAUUAUUGCUGACGGAGAAUUUAGCAUAUUCCAAUUAACAGAUCUCAAACUUUUGAUUUAAUCAAAAAGAAUUAAACAAAAUGGACGGUUAUCAAGGUACAUCUAUUCGUCAGCCUGUUGCUAUGACUUAUCUUUGUGCUGAUUGUGGUGCAGAAAAUCAACUUAAACCUAGAGAACCUAUCCGUUGUCAAGAUUGCGGUCAUAGAAUCAUGUACAAAAAGAGAACCAAGAGAAUGGUUCAAUUUGAGGCUCGUUAAUUGCAAUUGUCGGUAAUCUUCGUUAUUACUGCAUGACACUAUAAUAAUUUUUAUUAUAUAUUGAAGCAAAGUUAAGGAAAGAAAGAAAAAAGCUUCAUUUGUCAUAAACUAAAUCAAUAUACCGAAAAGCCCUUUUCAUAUUAUUAAUAAAAAUCAUUUAUUAUUUUAUUUAAU